CUGCUCCACAAUGACAUGAAUCUGGAUUCCCUGUCUAACCCCUCCUCCUUUCCUUGCAGGCAGGAGCCCAAGUUAGCGGGGCGUCGGGGCCGCAGCACGUCCCUGAAGGAGCGGCAGCCCAGCCGACCUCAGAACGAGAGAGCCAACAGCCUGGACAACGAGCGCGCCCUGGACACACGCUGCCACCUGCAGAUCCCCAGGAAGACGGUGUACGACCAGCUGAACCACAUCCUGGUGUCGGACGAGCACCUGCCCGACAGCAUCAUCCUGGUCAACACCUCCGAUUGGCAGGGCCAGUACCUGGCGGACGUGCUGCAGAACCACCAGCUGCCCGUGGUCUGCACCUGCACCACGGCCGACAUCCAGGCCGCCUUCAACACCAUCGUGUCCCGCAUCCAGAGAUUCUGUAACUGUAACUCGCAGACCCCGGUGCCCAUGAAGGUGGCGGUGGCGGGUCCCCAGCAUUACCUCAGCGCCGUGCUCCGCCUCUUCGUGGACCACCUGACCCACAAGACCCCUGAUUGGCUGGGAUACAUGCGCUUCCUCAUCAUCCCCCUCGGCGCCCACCCGGUUUCCAAGUACCUGGGCUCCAUCGACUACCGCUACAACAGCCUGUUCCAGGACGCAGCCUGGAGGGAGCUCUUCCACAAGGCCGAGGCCCCCGUCGUGGCGCAGGAGAGCCCAGACGUGGUUGCCAGAGUAACGCAGUACAUGCUGGGGGCCAACGGGGCCCACCAGCUCCCCAUCGCAGAGGCCAUGCUGACCUACAAACAGAAGAGGAAAAAGAGCUUUCAUUUUGAUUUUGCAGUAAGCCCUGAUGAGGAGUCUUGCCAGAAGUUCAUCCCCUUCGUCGGGAUGGUGAAGGUCGGGAUGGUGGAGCAGGCUUCAGCUACGUCAGGCGACUCUGACGACGCAGCUCCCCCGGGCUCCUCGAUGCUGUCCUCCACCCCCCCUCAGGGGUCCCCCUCCCUGAAGGAGGCCUCGCCCACGCCGCCCCCCUCCUCGCCCUCCGUCCACACCAGCUUCAGCGCGUACAGCUGCGGCGGGCCCGGGGAGCUGAUGGGGCUGCAGGUGGACUACUGGGUGGCGCCCGCCGAGCGCAAGAAGGACGUGGAGAAGCGCGACGCCUCGUCCAAGAACACGCUGAAGUGCACCUUCCGCUCGCUGCAGGUCAGCCGGCUGCCACUGGGGGGCGCCGAGGGCAACCCCUCGCUGCCCACCAUGUCCAUGACCGUGGUCACCAAGGAGAAGAACAAGAAGGUCAUGUUCCUACCAAAGAAGAGUAAAGAUAAGGAGGUGGAGAGCAAGAGUCAGCUGAUCGAGGGAAUCAGCCGCCUCAUCUGCACUGCCAAGCAACAGCAGACCAUGUUGAGAGUGCUGAUCGACGGAGUGGAGUGGAACGACGUCAAGUUCUUCCAGCUCGCCGCCCAGUGGUCGUCCCACGUCAAGCACUUCCCCAUCGGGAUCUUCGGCCACACCAAGGGCCCCUACUAGAGGCCCCCGGCCCCCAAAAGACUGAAAACAAACAAACACACACCCCGACCCCAUGCCCUCCCAACCUGCUACCCCGCGUCAUAAUGUUUGCGUGUUCUUUUUUAAAUUAAUUAUAUUUGUUACGUACGUGCAAACGACGCUCGUCAAACAGAGCCUCUUGAGGAGAGUUCCUUCCCGCCUUUUUUGAAAACUGAUGUUUUUAUUGAAACUGGUGGAAACUGACAUGACAUCGUGAUUUGAGUAUUAACGUCGUAGUGUUUUCCUCUCCCUCUUUUCACUCGCAGCUUGGUGUUAUGAUUGAGCUUUUGAUUUUGAACACUUCAGUUUGUGAGUCUCUGAGGCUGUCUGGAUUGUGAAGAGCUGGUCGUCUUCUUGCUCGGGUCAACGACGACUCAAACCUCCUGCUUUGAGACAAAGAACAAACACAAGACCUUUGACCUUUGACCCCGUGUGUUAGUUGGAACACGUAUGGAGUGUGCAAUAGAGCUUUUUCACAGGGCGGCCAUGUUGUGUUUGUUCGGGGGGGGGGGGGGGGGGGGGGGGGGCGGGGGUGGAAACCUUCUAGAAUCUUUUAAAACCAUGACAACUCGACUCACACCAUUCUUAGUCCCGCGUUCCAUUUCCGCCCUCACCCAUGUAGCAGUUAGAACUUAGCCUUACCGUUGAGUCAUCACGGUUUCACCAAAGGUAUCUACAAGGUUCCCCCACCCAGCGUACCAAUAUGGCCGCCCGUUGGAAAGGUCAAUAACGAGCAAUGUCAAGAUGGAGGCCCUGCCUUACCUGUGGUUUUCUUUCUUUGUUCAAGCGUCCUGUCUUCUCUGAGCUACACGGUCCUCGUUUUUCAAGAUGCACCUUGUCUCAACGAUUUUGAGUGUCAAUGAUCUUAAUGAUAAUGUUUCGGUUAAAAAAAGGCUACUGUUCUUCUGACAACCAAACCGAUAGCACAAGAUUUAAAUUAAGUUCAACUAAAAGAAGGUACGGAGAACUAAUAAAACUGUUAUAGCUGCAAAAAUAUUGACGAAAAAAGGGCAAAGCUUCAGGUUUUUUUAAUCAACGAGUAUUUUCUAACGAAUGUCUGUUUAUUUCCGAACCUCUGCACUGUCCCCCGUUUCCCAACACACUCCGGUCUAUGAACCAGGUAAGACUUGGCCUAGACUUCUCCACAAGCCUCUCCCACUCUCGACACACCCACGCUGUUCCAGCUCCCCCCCCCCCCCCCCCCCCCCCCCCCCCCCCCCGCCAAGACCCUCGAGGAGAACAUACCGCCCCCCCCUGAGGGCACUGUAAUGUAAAGCACUUUUGAACCGUUUGUCCCGGUUUUAGACCAGUAUUUAAACGCACUGUAGUCAGUCCAUCCGAGCUUACCAACCGCACAAAACAACGUUGAUAUGCAAUCCAGAAAACGAGCCAGUAGACCGGUCACUCUGAGUACGAUAGGCCCCCAUAUGCCACUCGGAACACGAAUCAUAAGUUUGAUGGGUUUUUACUUAAUGGACCCCCCCCCUCCCCCAUAACCGCCCCCAAUCCCCCUUCCCACCCUCUUUAAUGGUCUUUACUAAACACAUCUUAAUCAACCGACCCAUAAUUAGUAAGUUGGUAGGCCUUCCUAUGGCAGCAAUGGGACAAGCAUCAAGUUAGCUGUUGACGUGUGUUAGCGUUUCUAAAAAAGUUUAGCAGUGUUAUAACAUGAUUUCGAUUUUGUCCCCCUUUUUACUUACGAGUCCUCGGUUUAAAAAAAAACCUCAACUAAUAUUGACAAUGUAUCGUUUGUUUAAAUGCCAUUUAUUUAUAUCCAUUGCCAAUUUUUUUUAAUAAGUGCCUACAUUUCCCAAUUCUGACAAAUCAACUCCGCCCCUGGCUUAUGGUGCUGAGUCUGGUGUUUGCUAAUAAACUUGAUUGGAUGUCGUGGACGGACGCUGCUUUGACAUCAUAUCAGAAAACAUGUCGAGAGUCGGUCUACCUACCGAACGUCUACUGCGCAGGGAGGAGCCGACACCGUGAAGGUGGGGCGCAGCAGAAUUAACAACAGACCCCCCAUUGUUGAUUUCUAGACGACAUUUUAGCCCCUUUGUUUUGUAUUUGUCUUGAAAAGGCUUGUUACGCGUUCCCACUGUAAUCCCAACAUUGGGAGUAAUAAAACUACUAUACACACUAUU